GUUGUGAACGCGCUGCAAUCUGGCAACCCUCGGAUCCUAAUCCCUUAGUGCUCGUCAUGGCCGCGAGCUCAUGAGGAACUCGGGAAUAUUUUUGCGGGGUUUUGAGUGACCAUGCCCGGGCUGAGAGAAGCGUGGUUAGCCGGAGCUGCUCUGGCGUUAACCGGAGGUGUCGUGUUUGUCAUCUGGAAUUUACGAGACACCAAGAAAAGACGAGGGACGCAGGAAGGGGAUUCAAAACACAAACUAAAGGCAGAGAAACAAAAGCAGAUCACCGAGAAAGAAAUCAAACCCGAAACCGCGCGGGACGCUGCUUCCGUCCUGCCCGAGACCUGUCAUCACAACUCGCAAGCAAGAGGUUCUCAGGUGUUGGUGUUGGGUUUGGACGGCGCAGGCAAGACCAGUCUUCUUCAGUGCUUUGCGACGGGCAGCGUGGAGCAGCAGGUGUCGCCCACUCAGGGGUUCCACGCCGUCUCGAUCAACAGAGAGGAGCUGCACAUCGAGUUUCUAGAGAUUGGAGGUGAGGAGAAGUUCAGAGAAUACUGGCCCAUGUACCUGAAGAAAGCUCGGGUGUUGGUGUUCGUGUUGGACGCGGCCGACUCCGAGCGCUCCGCUCUCGCUAAAACCAGCCUGCACCUGCUUCUGGGAUUAGAGCCGUACCUGCCGCUCGUCCUGCUCGCUAACAAACAGGACCUCGCGGGCGCGUGUGGGGUGACUGAGCUGUACGAGUCGAUGGCGUUGGGUUCGGUGGGCGACGGGAGGAAGCUAUGUGUUUUGGGCACACAGGUCCGGAAAGGCUCGUCCGGUGUUCACCCCAGCGUACGUGAUGCCUACGAGCUCAUCCUCGAGACGAUGAACAGUAACUGCUCUCAGUAGCAGAUUUCCACCUGAUCGCCUGAAAUCUUAACAACGAUGCUGAUUGUUUGUUUGUUUUUAAGCUAACGAAUGUCUAAACGAGUCAGUGCUAUUCCAUCACUAAAGGCAUUCCUCGAGCAGAAAGCACUACACUCAGGGUUACUCAGGGUCACUCUAAAUUUAAUGUUGCAUCACUAAUUAAGUAACAGUGUUUGUACUGCGGGUUGAUUUUCUGGUAUAUUUUUCCGGGCUCUGGUAAAAUCACUGCAAUUUGCUAAAAACUUUAUUGAUACUGUAAAGACUUAUGGAUGUACAACAUGGAUACGAUUAUAUAAAAAGUGGUAUAUUGGUUUAAAAACUGUUUAAUCAUCCAAAAAAUAAACCCAGGAAUUAAAGAUGA